AUCUGAAAGAUUAUUCCCGGGCACAUCGAACUUAUAAACCAGCACCGAUCGAAUUCCAACCGCACUCCCGGCUCUUGGCCCCUUUGGACUGUCCAACCUGCUCAUGAGCAAUAAGCAGAAUCAACCGCCCCAGGAGCUGCUGCCAAGGAGCGAACAACUUGCAAUACCCUCACGCUGAGUGGCCGACCAUCUGACAAUUGCCAGCUACACGAUCCAGUGAUGGCCCCGAAGGCCAAACCCACCAAGGCGCGAGAGGGCUCUGCAAAUGUCAGCAAAGUGGAGAAUGGGACUGUUAGACCAGGAAAACCGAACUGGCCUUCAUUCGGCAGCGCGCUUCUACCAGCUGAAGAUCUUACCGUCCACACUCUCCUUGAUCACCAGAUCUUCACCAUUCCGCAGCUUUGGACCGCCAGCCUGUGCAAGACCUACGUGACUUUCCUCGCCACUCUCCCGCUCACAACCACCCCCGGCAGACCUAAAAGAGGCGAGGCGGUGCGCGUCAACGAUCGCUUUCAGGUCGACGAUGCUGACUUUGCCGAGCUACUGUGGAGUACUACUUCUCUCAAAUCCAUCGUGGAGCAUAUCUCCAUUGACGGCCAGGCUUUGAGCGAGGCAGAGCGGCAAAAGUUAUGGGGUGGCGAUGUACUGGGCCUGAAUUCUAACAUUCGAAUCUAUCGAUACUCGAAAGGCCAGUUCUUCGAUCAACACUACGACGAAUCGAACAACAUCCUCUUCCCCUCCGCAUCCGCGCCAUCACCCAUACCGGCCAAAACAACCUGGACGCUGCUGCUCUAUCUCUCUUCGCCGACGACAGGCUGCCAAGGCGGCGAAAUCGUCUUCUACCCAGAGGCCCCCAGCAAGAAGUCGGCGGCGCCACCUCCUGUACUGGCGGAUCUACAGGUCGGAAUGGCGUUGCUCCAUCGUCACGGCAAAGAUUGCCUGAUCCAUGAAGGCCGAGAAGUCACCAAAGGCGAGAAGUGGGUGAUCAGAAGCGAUCUGUGUGUCAGGAGAUGACGGUCUCACUGUGUCCUGGUAGCUCUGACUAAAAGCGGGAUCAGCGCACCCGUAGGGAGUCCGAAUUCUCGAUGCCCCAUCACGCGCAACAAGCUGGCUAUCGCUCCAGAGUGGCUGGUGAAGGAUAGUACGGCGUGCGAGUCAUGCUCAAAGAUGUCCUCGAG